AUGGACAGACUCCUGUGGAGACUCCGCGGACGAGGAUGCAAGGCGACGGCGUAUGCCGAUGAUCUGUUCGUGCCUGUCGAAGGACAGAGCCGGGCGGAUCUGGAGAGAAUGGGAAACGAGUGGAUGAGGAUAAUGAGCGAAUGGGGUGCGAGUGUCGGUGUGAAAGUUUCAGAGAGCAAAACAGUCAUGAUGCUCCUGAAAGGGAAUAUGUCGGAAACGAGACACCCGAGCGUUAGUGUGAAUGGGAAGCAUGUGAGAACGGUCUCCACGGAGGCCACGCAGGUAUUGAUGGGUGGUCUUCCGUGGGACCUGGAGUGCGUGAAAAGAGGUAUGACUGUAAGAAUUAAGAAUGGCUGGAGAUUGGGCGAAAGAGGUAUUAUGAGUGAAGAGGAUGGAGCUUGCUCCCGCCGGUCGCGGGUAGGACCAUCGUGGCUCGGCUAUAUCUUGGCGGCCGCGGGACAUGGCAGAUCCUCGAAUUCGGGCAGUUCUUCCGGCGGCGGUGGUGGUGCCAACAAUUCCUCACCGUCGUCGAACGGCGGUGGCGGCGGCGGCGGUGGUGCUAUGAUCGGGGGAUGCGGUAACGGAGCGAUGAUCGGUAGCGGUGGUAGCGGCGGCGGCGGUGCUCUGGGCGGAGGAGCUGGUGCGGGUGGCAUGCCUCCCGGUGGAAACGGGGGUCGUGGUAACUACGGGCCAGGUUCGCCGCCGACGGGAUCCCUGCCGCCGUUCUACGAGUCCCUGAAGGGUGGCAACAACCUCGCGAACUUCGCCAAUCAGUACAACAGCUCUCAAGGAAACGCGUAUCUCACACCUUUGACGGCCGUCGGGAUCGAAUGCGACACUGGGCAACAGGAUAACUCUCAGUACGCGCAGUACAACGCGCAAGAGGGCAAACAAUACUCUCUCCUUCAGAAUGUUUGCGCGAACGUUUGUGCGUCCUACGGUCUGAAUUUUAAGGAAGAGGAAGAGGAGCUAGCGGGUUACAAAAUUCAGCCGAACGACCUGCUGUCCACUCAAUAUGGCACCUACGAUGUCACCGAUACGGGCAUGAUGGUAGACAUGGUAACUGGUGCCAUGGUGGUGGAUCCGCUACAGUUCACCGCAGCAACCUUGACCUUCAACUCGCCGUCUGAUCACACGGCGCUCCUCGAGACUCUCAACGAUGCGGCGGAUCUUCUGUUGCCCAGGCUGCAGACCGAGGACGGCAGCAGCGAUCUCCUGGAGGAGUCGCUACACUCGCCUGCCUCGACCGGCAGCAGUGGGAUCGGUCAAGACGCCGGUCAGAUGACCACUCCCGUUGAGCCUAGCGUCGAUCCUUUCCCCGAGCAUAGCAUGGCCUUGACCAGAGGCUUUGACACGAGACACUAUACGACUCCGCAACACUUCAACGCGUCCAAGCUUGCGGGAUUGAGCUACGCGGCCGGUGAGACGAGCUAUCAGUCGCUUCAAAAGGAACGUCCAGAGCUCGGAUUGCAUGUCAACCAAAAUCAUCAGCAUCAGCAGGAACAGCAGUUGCAGAUUCAGGUGCAGCUGCAGCAGCAGAAGCAACAGGCUACGUCGCCGCACCAACAACAGCAACAGCAUCAAAGUCUUCUGAGUCCCGGAUUGAAUUUCAAUAAUGGUUUAGAGAUAGACUCCGGUAGCAGCGUAGGCGUUAGUUUACCCAGCCCCGGGACUGCGAGCUGUUCCUUGGACGGCGCCUCGACCGGCACUUCACCGUCAUGCGGACUGGGAGAACACGCGCAUAGUCCAGUUGUGUCACCCACCACAGUCGCAGCUCAAGCCGCCGGAUCGCUGGGUUUACCAAGCGAUUGUCAACUAGAAUUUGUUAAUGGUGGUCACGGCAUAAAAAAUCCUCUAGCCAUCGAGGGUCAGAGACAGGCGGCAGCUACUCGAGAUGAGGAAAGAACUAAUCGCACUCCGCCUAGCAAGGACGACGAUCCCAGUCGCUUUACCUGUCGCGUGUGCAGCAAAACCUUCAGCCUUCAGCGGCUUCUUAAUCGUCACAUGAAGUGUCACAGUGACGUGAAACGUUACUUGUGUACAUUCUGCAGGAAGGGCUUCAACGAUACGUUUGAUCUCAAGAGGCAUACACGGACGCACACAGGUGUGCGACCCUACAAGUGCUUCCUCUGCGAAAAGAGUUUCACGCAUCGGCUUGACGGGUCACGGCAGUUUGAAUGA